GACCACCAAAACGGCCUCACGACAAAUCGCCCUUCGCCCAACGCUCCGACACACCCUCUCGUCCACUUACCCGAUCGAUCGCAACCCGCUUCCGAAAACCUCACAUUUGCGACGAUGGAUUCCUCUAAGACUCCCGUUAAGCUGGUCAAGGUGACCCGUGUCCUCGGCCGCACCGGCUCGCGCGGUGGUGUCACCCAGGUUCGCGUCGAGUUCAUGGACGACCAGACCCGUUCCAUCAUCCGUAACGUCAAGGGCCCUGUCCGUGAGGAUGACAUUCUCUGCCUCCUCGAGUCCGAGCGUGAGGCCAGGCGUCUUCGGUAAAUCGUUGGCGGCAUUGGGGAAGAGUGGACAAGACUUGGGCUUUGGUUUUUGCGGGUAGAACAUUGGGCGAUUGCCCCGGGGCGGCACGGUGUCAGGGAGCACAUAUGCCAGGCUGUCUAGGUAGUCAGCCGUCGGCUCAUCCUCGACGCACGAGUCACCAAACGAAUCAUACCAUUCUCGACCACACCAUUUC